AUGGAGAGCCCACACGAGCACCAGCAGAACCUACUGCUCUCUCGGAUCAUCACGAAUGUGGAGAAGCUUAACGAAGCAGUCAUGGCUUUGAACAAGAGCCUACAGGAAAUCAACGUCCAGAAUAUGAAUGUGGAAUUGGUGGCGCAGAUGUUCAAGAACUAUCAGAGCAAUGUGCUCUUCCAUCUCGAAGCCACCGACAGUCUUAAGGAACCGUCAUGA